AUGUCUCAUUCAGACCCAGACGCCGGUAACACCAGGCCCAUCACCAGCAAUGCUGCUAUGGCACCUACCGCAUCCCAAGGCAAUAGUGCACUUCAGAUGUUUCGACCCUUCCAAGCUCUUGUUGGAGAACUCAGAAUCCAACUGUAUAACCACUGCCUGUCUCCAAGGGUGGUUAGGAUAACAGAAGUUGGAAUCCCGAUUUCCGUCCAGGGUAUGGAUCCGGCCGGUAUGCCUAUAACUGUUAUGGCAUACACCUCUAGAAUGGAGGUCAUUGGGGCUUCAAUGCCCAGUUUAUUCCAUGCUAUCCCAGAAGCAAAACACUCGUUGAUCAAAGCUGGACGAUACAGAGCGCUUCUUACAAUGCAUGGAACUAGCCAUGCUGUAUAUUUCAACUCAGACCUAGAUACGACUCGACUUGAACGAAAUCAAACACCUCUCUCUCCCUCUAUUUCUUCUGCGCAGAUUCGGCCCGUGGGCCAUCCACAAUCUCCGCCAGCUCAGAAAGUUGCAGUCAAUGAAGCUCACUGCAUCAUUCACCGACCGGCCCAGACGAGGGAGCACAUUUAUCCUCAGUCUCUACUUCGAGGAGAGGACCGUCAUUUCCCCCCAAUCCUCAACCCUGAUGGGGAGAUAGAGGUGGAAGGAGAGCAAAGACAAUCAAUAGUGCCGAAAUAUAAUGAGGAUGGAGUGGCCCACUAUGGGCAUGAAGCAAUGCGCCGCGUCUUCCAAAAUAUCGAAGAUCCCGACGAGCAACAAGGCCUCAUGGCUCUUUUGGCCGACCUAGAACAAAUUGACGCGUUUGCCAUGAAUGUGCGAGGCUACCGAGUUAGCCCAUCACUCGGCCACGAGCAGAAUGGAGGUCCAGUUCCUUGGGAUGUUUAUAAUAAGGAUGCUGAUAAAAGUGAAACCCUCAACCCACGCGUUCGUCCAAGCUCCCAAGUAAACACAGACACCGGUGGGGAAGCCCUCGACUUUAUGUACGCCAAUCUCCAACAGAGAUUUCGAGACACAGUUCUGGACAUUAACGAAAUAUUGAUUGAUAUGGCUCUGGAACCGCGACUAAUGCCAAGUGUGGCAGCGGAAAUGCGCUCCGUGAGAUCUUCUGCUUCGACACCUUCACUGCGAUCACGAGAAGGGAGCGUGAUGAGGAUAGAUGCGCCAGGAGGAAAUGUGAGAGUUGUUGUAAGAGUGAGGGGUUUCCUCCCUAGAGAAAUGGAGCGAGGCGCAGAAUGCCUCAUCGAGAUGAAUCCUGUCAAUCAAGCGACUACAUUGCUGGUACCGAACGAUACAGAUCCAGCCAACACGCGGUCAAAAACACGUAAAGUCAUUGAGGAAAAAGCAUUUACUUUUGACAAUUCCUUUUGGAGUCACAACAAGGCCGACGAGCACUAUGCACAUCAGGAGGAUGUCUACAACAGCCUGGGAGAGGAGUUCCUGGAUCAUAAUUUCGAGGGAUAUCACACGUGCAUCUUUGCUUAUGGCCAGACUGGCUCUGGUAAAAGUUACACUAUGAUGGGCACUCCAGAUCAGCCGGGCCUGAUUCCCAGAACCUGCGAAGAUCUAUUCCAACGCAUCGAAGCUGCGCAUAACGAAACACCCGACAUCUCCUACAACGUUCGAGUUUCCUAUUUCGAAGUGUAUAAUGAGCAUGUCCGCGACCUCCUCGUCCCAGUCCAACCCAACCAACCCCCCUAUUACCUCAAAAUCCGAGAAUCGCCUACUGAAGGGCCUUACAUAAAGGACUUGACCGAUGCUCCGGUUAAAAACAUCUCCGAAAUCAUGCGAUAUAUGAAGAUGGGGGAUGCGAGCCGUACGACGGCGAGCACUAAGAUGAAUGAUACGAGUAGCAGAAGUCAUUCGGUCUUCACGAUUAUGCUCAAGCAGAUCCAUCAUGAUAUGGAGACUGAUGAGACCACUGAGCGCACCGCACGUAUACGACUGGUAGAUCUUGCUGGGAGUGAGAGAGCCAAGGCUACAGAGGCUACAGGCGCCCGCCUCCGUGAAGGAAGUAAUAUUAACAAAUCUCUAACGACACUCGGCCGAGUAAUCGCCGCCCUUGCUGAUCCGAAGCAGCAGCGACCUGGCAAAAGGAGUAAGGACGUGGUGCCGUAUCGUGACUCGAUUCUAACCUGGCUGCUCAAGGAUUCGUUAGGAGGGAAUAGCAAGACUGCCAUGAUCGCCUGUAUUGCUCCUUCAGAUUAUGACGAAACCCUAUCAACUCUACGGUAUGCAGACCAAGCCAAGAGAAUCCGUACCCGAGCAGUCGUCAACCAAGACCAUGUCUCAGCGGCUGAGCGUGAUGCCCAAAUUGCGGCCAUGGCCGAAGAGAUCCGCGUUCUGCAACUCAGCGUGUCGGACAACCGACGGCGGGAGAAAGAAGGCAAGGAACAGGAAGAAAAGCUCGAGGAAUACCAGAAUAGAGUCAUCAUGAUGCAGCGUAUGAUGGAAGAACGGAGCAUGGUGGCAGAGGGCAAAAUCCGCAAUUUACAGACCGAGAAUGAUGCCCUGAGACUACACUUGAAGCUUGCCCUCGACAGUCUGAAGAAUCCGAUUGAGGUUCGCAGCGCAAGGAAUAGUGUGCAAGGUGGGGCGACGCGGGGCAGUAUUUCCGAAUCCCAUGAGAGGGACCCAAUAGGCAACGAUGCAGAAAACGGCAAUGAUGAUAGAACAGAGGUGCCAGAGUCGGAAUACUACGAUGAGGAUGAGGGAAUUGACGUUGCUGUCCACGAAGAGAAGGCAAAUGAAGUGCAAGGCUUUAUGAAAGAAUUGCUCCAAGACCUGAAUAUGUUUAAGAAGAAGAUUGGGGAUGAUAAGUUACGGUUCGUUACAGCUUCAAAAGCCUUUGGGGCAAGGCUCGUUUGA